GCGGGAGCAUGCCCUUGACGCUCUCGACGACUCGAAUCCUUCCUUAGCAGGCCUGAAGCACACCCUGUUCAGUCAACGUUGUCGCAAUCGUAUAAUACCACGCCUAGACAGCAGGAACACUUGGGAUAUCAGCGGCGACAAAAGGUUGAACUCGGUAAAAUGAUCUCAGCUGCAGGAAUUAAGACGCUGGGGUCCUGGGCCCUAGGAAUGCCCUCGAAAGCGCACCUAUUCAUAAGACAGCUACAGCCAAACUGUUUCAAGUCGUGUCUACCUAUUUGUCGCGACUUCUCCGUGUCGGUAUCACAUCCUUGGCCCACCGGCGACGAAAGCGAACAGAGGGCUCCUAGGCCAUGUCCGUCUCCAGAAUGGCAACCACGGAAAAGUAAAGGCGGGGAAUACGAUACAUCAGUAUCUCAGGUCUAUAAGCGGCAAAUAGUACGGCCUGAUGGGAGCGCCCAACACUGUCCCGACUGUAGAAGACUAUUCAAUGAUUGCCCAAAACAUACCAAUUUGAAGUCGGGUAGGGUAACCAGUAAGCGUUUCGACCCUGAUAGGGAUGCUUGGCUAUGUCUUACGUGCGUAGAUCACUUCUACGACAGAUACGUCAAAUAUGUUCUCGCGAAGCCUACAGAGGCAAGCACUGAGUUUGUGCAACACCUACUCGAAAGGAAAGAUUAAAGCAUAUAUCAAAGACACCGAAACCGUCAGCUUGUGAGAAUGAGAGCUAUGGCCGGGAGCUAAAGGGGAAGGCUCACUUCCGUCCAGAACAUGGUCCCUCUGGUCUCUGGCUCUGCAAAU